ACGUGGGGUGUAAUUCCAAGAAAAGCUCAAGGAAAGUAAUUCGAAAAGGUAAAAAUAAUGUUUGAUAAUUCAUUACGAGUGCCGCGAUUGUAUAAACUUGCUUCAAAAGUCGCAAAAGAAGUAAGUGAAGGUAGAGGCAGCAUUAAACAACUCGUGUACCAAUGUAAACAUCCCAACAUUAAAGCGUUGUACGCUUUGGUCGUACACACUUUUAAAAAGAGCGACGACAUCGAAAAAUUAUUUGCAAAAUCUAAACUCUUAGUUAAAGAACCUAAGUUAAACCCGUGGCUGGCGAAGGUUCUUGUCACUGAGUUGCUGUGGGGCAAGAUGCGCUUGCCUGAUAAAUCAAAACCUAUUAAAACGAUUUUGGCUUACAAGCAGAUUUUUAAAGCUCACUUGAGUGAUUUUGCUGAUGAUUUUGAAGAGGUAGUACAAGUGGAAAAACCCAGAUAUGUCCGGGUGAAUACCCUCAAAAGCAGCGUCAACGAAGUCAUCGAUGGUUUUAGGAACGAAGGCUGGGUCUUUAAACGUCACGCAGACUCUAAUGACUAUAUGAGUUUUUUGGAAAAUGUAACCAAUUUAGGUCCACAAGAAUUCAUGCUAGACAUGCAUAUUCCAUACUUAUUAAUCUUCCCUCCAAAAACAACGUUCUACAAACACCAAGCAUAUAAAAAUGGAACCAUUAUUUUACAAGACAAGGCGAGUUGUUUACCGGUCCAUAUCCUCAAUCCAGAACCAGGUACCACAGUUCUGGACAUGUGUGCAGCCCCUGGAAUGAAAACCACUCAAUGUGCCUCCCUUAUGGAAGACACUGGAAAAAUAUACGCCGUCGAAAUUGGUAGAAAAAGAUACGAAACCCUUAAGAAAAUUAUAGAAUCGUCUGGAGCGACAAAUGUUGAAGCUAUUAACGCAGACGUGUUGAAAAUAUCUGGAAGAGAUUACCCAGAAGUCGAAUACAUUUUAGUAGAUCCAAGUUGCUCUGGCUCAGGUAUCACCGAUCGAGUGGAAAUCGGACAACAAAGACAAGACCAAACUAAAGACCGCUUAGAGAAGUUAGCCAGUUUCCAGUUAAAAAUACUGUGGUAUGCUUUGACCAGAUUUCCGAAUGCGAAAAAAGUGGUAUAUUCCACUUGUUCAGUUUAUCCAGAGGAAAAUGAAGAUGUCGUGAGACAAGUAGUGGAGACUUGUAUGAAUUACAAAUUGGUAUCGGCGAAUCGGUUCGUCAAGAAUCAGUGGACGAAUUUUGGUUCUGCCGAGUUUGGGGAUAUAGGAAACUACUGUUUGUAUGCUAGACCAGACAUUGAUCUGACUAGUGGGUUCUUCGUUGCUGUUUUCGAAAGAGUGCGUGGUGGAGACAAGAACCCGUUUUUGAAUGAGACGUUGUUAACGCAACGGAUAGAGGGGUGGAGAAAUAACGAACUUGCGGGAAAAGCAACAAAGAAAAGGAGGAAUGAAAAUGUCGACCCGGCACCCGAAGAAACAGAAAAUGUCUAUGAAGAAAUUAAACGUGAAGAGGUUUCCGAAAAAAAGAUAAAAAAGGAAGAUGAAGUGUCAGACACGAAUGUUGUUUCUGAAGGAACGACCGAAAACGCUAGCAAGAAGAAGAAGAAGAAGAAAAAGAAAAAGAAGAGUGAACGUUCAGAUGACCAAAUUAUGUAUGAUGACAAUAAACUUCAGGACCAAAUUAACAACACUGAGGAAACUAAUGAACAGAAAAAAAGUGGUAAUGUAGUAAAGAAGACUAAGAAGAAACACGCGGAUGGAUCUCCUAAAAACGAAUUCAUAAAUACAGACAUUGUUAAAAAUGAAGAUGAUAAUCAUAAAAGGAAAACAAAGAAAAAAGAGAAAAAAGAUGUUGUUACUGAAUCCGGUAACGAAAAACAAAAAAAGAAAAAGAAGAAAAUAAAUGCUUGAGAAUUAGUAAUUCUUACUUUACUAAAACAGCUUAAAAUACAUG